GAGUCGUUAAGUGCAAAGAAUUCAAACAGAAUGGGCAAAAUGGACAAUUAAGAAUACUGUACGCAUUCAACGUCUAUUUCCCGAUUUAUUUAUUUUUGAAAAAUAACGACUCUGCAUUACUUUCCCCCCUCCAAAUCUCUCCCCACUGUGUAAGGCGAAAUGCAACUGUUCUUCAAACCCUAGUAUUAGUAAUCUAAUCUCCCUGAGGUUCCAAAUCUCGUGAUCCCGAACGCCAAUGCAAGACCUCAUCGGUUCGGUUCGUCGGUCAUUGGUGUUCAAGCCCUCCGGCGUCGGCGACGAUGGUGGCGGACUCGGACUCGGAGGCUUUGUCGAGAAGAUCGGCUCCAGCAUUCGGAAAUCGCGAAUUGGACUCUUCUCCAAGCCGCAGCUCCCGGCGCUGCCUCCGGUCGCUAGAGCUGAAGCCACCAGAAUUAAGAAGGACGACGCGCCGCCGAUCCGGUGGAGGAAAGGUGAAUUGAUCGGUUGCGGAGCAUUUGGAAGGGUUUACAUGGGAAUGAAUCUCGAUUCUGGAGAGCUUCUCGCCGUCAAGCAGGUUUCAAUUGCUGCCAACAGUGUUUCGAGAGAGAAAACACAGGCCCACAUUAGAGAGUUGGAGGAAGAAGUGAAGCUUCUUAAGAAUCUCUCACAUCCAAACAUUGUUAGAUACUUGGGAACUGCAAGAGAAGAGGAAUCACUGAAUUUGUUGGAAUUUGUUCCGGGUGGAUCUAUCUCAUCCCUUCUGGGAAAAUUUGGUUCGUUCCCUGAGUCUGUUAUAAGAAUGUACACAAAACAAUUAUUGUUGGGGUUGGAAUACCUUCACAAAAAUGGAAUUAUGCAUAGGGACAUCAAGGGAGCAAACAUCCUUGUUGAUAAUAAAGGAUGCAUAAAACUUGCAGACUUUGGUGCAUCAAAGAAAGUUGUUGAACUGGUUACUAUGACUGGUGCGAAAUCAAUGAAGGGUACUCCUUAUUGGAUGGCUCCUGAAGUCAUUCUUCAAACAGGGCAUAGUUUCUCUGCUGACAUAUGGAGUGUUGGAUGUACGGUAAUUGAGAUGGCUACUGGAAAGCCUCCUUGGAGCCAGCAGUAUCAAGAGGUUGCUGCACUCUUUCAUAUAGGGACAACUAAAUCUCAUCCUCCAAUCCCUGAGCACCUCUCCACUGAGGCAAAAGAUUUUCUGUUAAAAUGUUUGCAGAAGGAGCCAAACUUAAGGCCUGCUGCAUCAGAUUUGCUGCAGCAUCCAUUUGUUACUGGGGAGUGUCUGGAUACUUCUUAUGCAUUGCGCGCUUUAGUUCUGGAAAAUUGUGAGAAACGGAUGGCAUCACCUGAGGUGAACCUUAAUGAAGUGAACAAUAGCAUGCCAUUGAAGGAUGUCUGCAGUAGUUUGAGGUGUUCUACUAUAUAUCCUGAGAAGUCCACACGACUAGGACCAAUGUGGGGAUGUAGCAAUUGUGAUGAUGACUUGUGUCAGAUAGAUAAUGAGGAUGAUCUUGUGCUAGGAGCAUCAGUGAAGUUGGAUUCCACUUUACUUUCUGAUGAUUUCAAUAAGAGUUUCAAUCCUAUGUCUGAGCCCAACGAUGAUUGGCCAUGCAAGUUUGAUGGAAGUCCAGAGUUGGAGAGGAGUGGAUCAAACUCAUCAACUUCUCAAAUAGUUGACAAGGCUGCUGACAGUCCUGGAGUUUCUGGUUGUUCCGACAAUGAUUUUACAUUUCCUAGGUGUCCCUUGGUAACUGACGAUGACGAUGAAGUUACUGAGUCAAAAAUUAGAUCAUUCCUUGUUGAAAAGGCUUUAGACUUGAAGAAGUUGCAAACACCUCUCUAUGAAGAGUUCUACAACUCUUUGAAUGCAGCGGGUUCAGCAAGUGCUACAGGGAUAGAAAUUGAGAACAAAGAAAAUUUUACAAUUAAUUUGAACUUGCCUGCUAAAAGCAGGUCACCUAACUGGGUGCCUAGCAGGAGACUUUCUGCAGCUGCUGAUGUUGCCUACACUGCUAGAUCUGGAACUCGUUCCCAAAUGUCAAAUAUUGGUACUGAAAGUGGUCAAACUCUGCUCAAAGUGCAACCAUCUAAGCCUACUAGUCCGAAGUUGAUUAGUCCAAGUGCAAGCUUCUCUGAUAGACAAAGAAUAUGGGAAAAAGAGCUUUAUGAAGAGCUUGAAAGAAAACGAGAGAUGAUGCGCCAAGCAGGUGUGGCGAAGACAUCACCCCAGAAAGACCGUAUAGCGAGUCGGCAAAAAGAUCGGUCGAGGUUUGCAUUUGCGGGUAAACAAACGCAUGUUUUAGAUCCUUCAUAGAAAUCACUGACAGCUCAACUUUGAAUACCAUAUAUCAAUAUAUCAUCCCUUUUGAGAGCAUAUCAGUAUAAACCCCCAUCCCGUUGGAGGUGAGGAAGAAGGUCGGGUAUGAAGGAUCGGAUCGAUUAGAUUUGCAUACCAGCCAAGCAUAAUUGCAUAGAGAUCUGUCCAUACUUGUCAGGGAAAAUCUGCUUCGGUGUGUUGUUAUGUGGUUGGGUUUGAUGAUGGUGGUGUCCGAUAAUAUGUAGGCAGUGGCCGCCUUAGCCAAAUCUGCAUGAACUCUUGGUAAUGAAAACCAACAGUAAAAACCAUGCAGAUAUAUGGUCUGUUGAUGCCUCUGUCUAUUUCUCUUGUAAGCAAGGUUUAUUCUUUUCUCCCUUCUUUUUCUCUGGAAUGUAUUUUUAUUGCAAAUUCUGAAGCAUUAAAGAAGUGUAUUUUGUUUGAUUUCACCAAGCA